AUGUCAACUAUGCAGGUCGUUGCCGUCGCUGGAGGAACUGGCAAAUUAGGUCGAACAAUAGUCGAGGCCAUUUUGCAAUCUUCAAAGUAUGAAGUCAUCAUAUUAAGCAGAAAGCCCGAUCCACAGCUUGGAAAGGACAUUGGAGCCCCAAUUGUACCGACUGACUACUAUGACACAAAGGCCAUCACAAAGAUAUUGGAAGACAAGAACGUUCAUACUCUUGUUUCUGCCAUUACAAUGGGCUCACCUGCCGACGGCAGGCCUCCCCCGGAAAUUCAGCUGAUCCAGGCGGCUGAUGCGUCUAAAUUAAACAUUUUUAGCCACAUCGACAAGCUUGACUCUGUAAUCCACAAGCUCGAUGCCCAAAAGGAGCUUGCUAGGGUCACUGACCUGGAGACAACUUACUUUUUAAUUGGUACUUUUAUGGACUAUUGGGGCCCUGCCGAAAAGACACGUCUAGCCCCAUUUCCAGUCGUCCUUGACAUUCCCAAUAACAUGGCGGCUAUUUCAGGGUCCGGGGAUACCCCAGUUGUGUUCACUCAUACAAUUGACGUUGCAAAGUUUGUCGCAGCGUCUCUGGCUCUGACUGACUGGGACCCUGUUACGUACAUCAUGGGCGACAAACUAUCCUGGAAUCAAGUUGUCAAGCUCGCGGAAGCAGCAAGAGGCCGCGAAUUCAAAGUCUCGUACGAUUCUUUGCACGACUUGAAGAACGGAAAGAGAACGGAACUUCCGGGACAAGCCAAUGUAUACAAUUACGUCCCCAAAGAGGCGUUUGAUGUACUCGCAUGCGCCUUGGGCACGUGGUACGAAGAGGGAUUCUUCAAUUUUGAUAGUGGGAAGACGCUAAACACCAGACUCCCGCACAUAGAGACUUUGAAGAUGAAGGAUAUUCUCAAUGAGGCGUGGGGUACGGCAGGAAAAGUCUAG